CUGUGUUUCAUCCUUAACCCAUCCGAAAGCUGCAGAGCCGGGAGGCUCUCAGUGCACCCUGCGCUCCCAGCUGUAGUCACUUCAAAGCGACAAUGCUGCUGCUGCUGCCUCACUGUGUGCUGCUGCUGUCCCUGAGAGCUUUGCAGUUAGCUGAAGGAGCUGAAGUUUCUCUUGGAUCCUGCAACUUUGAAAAUAGCACUUGUGCCUACAAACCAGCCUUUACAUUUCUACCAUGGACUAUAAAUUUUGAAGGCCAUUACAUUUCAGUGGACACUUCCCAUGGAAAAGUGGGAGAGAAAGCUGUGCUAGUGAGCCCUGACCUCCAGCCAGAAGAAUGGAGUUGCCUGAGAAUGGUUUACCAGAUUGCUGGCUCAGAACUUCCAUCUAUACCUGGUAAACUGAAUGUACUGGUCAGGCCUGAGGGAGAGAGCUUUGAUUAUUUGCUAUGGUCAUCUCAGGAGCAUUCAGACAGCUGGCUCAUAUCAAGCAUAGAUUUGAGAAAUACAACCAAAAAAUACAAGAUCAUACUUGAAGGCAUAAUAGGAGAAGAUAUCAUGGGUAGCAUUGCUAUCUUUGAACUGAAAAUGACAACUGGCUACUGCAUUGAGUGUGACUUUGAAGAAAACCAUCUUUGUGGCUACGUGAAUAGCUGGAAUCCAAAUGUAAACUGGUUUGUUGGAGGGGGCAACAUAAGAAAUUCACAGUCUAUUCUACCAAAAGAUCAUACCUUGAACAAUGAAUUUGGUCACUAUAUGUAUGUAGAUUCUGUUUAUGUCAAGCAGUUUCAGGAAGUGGCUCAACUGGUCUCUCCUACGAUUAUAACACCAAUAUCAGGUUGCCUCUCCUUUUAUUAUCAACUUCAGCGAGAGAGUAGGAAUGGUUUUAUGGUGUUUACCCGUGACUUGCAUGGGUCAUAUGAAGAAAUAUGGAAAAUGGACAGUGUGAGGCCAGGGGAAUGGAAUUUAGCUGAAAUUGAUUUACAUGUACCAAUCCCAGUGGAGAUUGUGUUUGAAGUUGCAUUCAAUGGUAUCCAAGCAGGAUACAUUGCUCUGGAUGAUAUAUCAUUUUCCUCAGAAUUCUGCAGUGGACAACAAGUGCCAUUUUUCAAUGCACAUGAAGCCGGAUGUGAUUUUGAAGAGGAUCUCUGUCAGUUUCAUCAAGAUAAUAAAGAUGGCUCUGGGUGGAACAGAGUGAAAGUAAAACCCAACGCAUAUAGGAUAGGAGAUCACACAACUGGACGAGGCUACUUCAUGCUGGCUAAUACAAGACUAACCUCACAGCUUGGAUACUUUGGACGCCUGUAUGGUCCUUCCUUGCCAGGAAACAUGCAGUAUUGUCUGCGUUUUUUUUAUGCACUGUAUGGUUUUUCUAAAAUGAGAGACACACUGGUUGUAUACAUCUUUGAAGAAAACCAUAUUGUUCAAGAAAAAAUCUGGUCUGUUCCGGAAUCUCCCAAAGGUGUCUGGUUACGAGCUGAAAUCAACAUUCAAAAACCCAUGCCAUGCAAGGCUGUGUUUGUGAGCUGGUGUAAAAGCUUUUGGGAUUGUGGUCUUGCUGCAAUUGAUGAUGUAACAGUGAGCAUUGGAAGCUGCCAAAUAGCAGAUAAGCUCACUCCAGUCCCUGGAGAAUGUACCUUUGAAAGAAAUGAUUGUGGAUUUCAUCAAGAAUGGCAAAGAAGAGGCAAAUGGCACAGGGUACGAGGAGAGACACCUACAUCUUACACUGGGCCAAAAGGAGACCACACUUCUGGGGUAGGACACUACAUGUAUAUUGAAGCCUCUGUUAUGGUUUAUGGACAAAAAGCAAGACUCCUAUCAAAAUCUCUUCAUGCUGUUCAUGGGAAGCAGUGCUUGACAUUCUUUUACCAUAUGUAUGGAGCUGGCAUUGGAUUGCUAAAUGUGUAUUUGAGGACAGAAAGUGACAAGUAUAGUGAUCACCUGCUCUGGACAAAGAGAGGAGAGCAGAGCAUAACGUGGUUAAAAGCUCAGAUAGAAUAUGAGUGUGAAAAGCAACAUCAGAUUAUCUUUGAAGCUAUUCGUGGAAUUUCCAUAAGAAGUGAUAUUGCAAUUGAUGAUAUUCUAUUUAAAUAUGGACCUUGCAAAGAUGAUGAUAUCUUGACUCUGCACUCAUCAGGAUAUUCAGAGGACGUCAAUGAAAUUGAUUUCUAGUCCUAAAAUGUAAAGAUUUAGACACUAUGCACUUCAGAAACUACACAAAUUGUUUAUAGAAUUCUGGAGGAUGUAAAUACAAAAAAUAUAUAAUUUACAGAUACAUAGUACAAACUCAGAGCACGUGUGUUCGGCGAAUAAAAAUCUACUCAGGGCUAGACUUCUGUCACUAAUGUAUUUCUGUGUUACCUAUAAAAAAGUUAUGUGUGCAGACUUUCAAUUUGUCACUGAUUCAAGGGUAUAAAGGGUGUGUAUUUUUAUAAGAGUAAAAAAAUCACAAUAAAAAUGUGUAAAUUGUGUGAUAACAUAUGCAUAUUCUGCAAAUGAUUAUGUUCAGAUUUCUCAUAAUUUAAAUAUAACGAGACAAUGAGACAGGCGAAAGUAUUGUGUGUCAUCAGGUUGUAUGUUAGCUGGAACUCCAAAUACAGAACUUCCAAAAUAAAAAAGCUAUAUUAUUUGAUGUUCAAAAUAACCCUAAUUGUUAAGGGGUUAACAAUGAAAAUGGACUGGUUGGACAGCUAAGGAUCUUCUAAUAUAAGCCAAGGAAUAAGCUUCAUAUAACUGAAGGAAUGUUCAAGAUUAUGAUUGCAAGAUUAUGAUUGUUCCCUUAUUUUUUUCGACGAAUACUGUUUUGUGUGGGAUAUUGAUUUUUUCUGUUUAAUUUUGUAUGUAAGUAUAUUUUGGGAAAUAAAGCAUAAGUUGCUCAUAUUGAA